UUUAUCACACAGUAAACUUGCGCCUAUACACAGGAGCUGGAAGCGAUGGCAUUGGCCGGUCCCGGGCUCAGGCUGAUAACGCAGCUUCCUCUUCCAGGCUAUCUCUCUGCCACCUUCCUCCCGGUAGCUGGGUGAAGAUGCAGCAGUGUCCGGGAGAGGCAGAUUAUGGGGAGUUCGCUGGGCAGGAGACAGGCGGGGAUGCUGCGGUGCUGGAUCUGGGCUAUGAGGUCCUGGACAUAGAAGGAGCUGGAGACUCCGAAAUUGACUAUGACAGCCUGUCUGAUCGCUACAUUCUCUACCGAGAUCGAAAAGAAUGGGCGGAUGUGAACCCUGUACCUCAAGAUGAUGGACCAAACCCAGUUGUUCAAAUUGUUUAUAGUGAAAAAUUCAGAGAUGUAUAUGAUUAUUUUCGUGCUGUACUUCAGCAAGAUGAGAGGAGUGAAAGAGCUUUUAAACUGACCUCUGAUGCCAUUGAGCUGAAUGCUGCAAACUACACAGUGUGGCAUUACAGGAGAGUUCUAUUGCAGUCACUAAAGAAAGAUCUACGCGAGGAAAUGAAUUAUAUUACUGCAAUCAUUGAGGACCAGCCAAAAAACUAUCAAGUCUGGCACCACAGGAGAGUGCUUGUGGAGUUGCUAAAGGAUCCUUCGGAAGAGCUUGAAUUUAUUGCAGAUAUCUUAAACCAGGAUGCCAAAAACUAUCAUGCAUGGCAACACAGACAGUGGGUUAUUCAGGAGUUCAACUUGUGGGAUGGUGAAUUGCAAUAUGUUGACCUGCUAUUAGCAAGAGACCUCCGAAAUAACUCUGCUUGGAACCAAAGAUACUUUAUUAUUUCUAAUACUUCUGGGUACAGCAAUCCUCAGAUCCUAGAAAGAGAGGUCCAAUAUGCUCUAGAGAUGAUCAAGGUUGCACCACAUAAUGAGAGUGCGUGGAACUACUUAAGGGGAAUAUUACAAGACCGAGGCAUGUCUGAUUACCCAAACCUGUUGGAGCAAAUCCAGAGUUUGCAGCAAACACACAACUCUCCUUUACUCCUGGCCUUUCUAGUGGAUUUGUAUGAUGACAUGUUAGAGAAGAAGUGUGAGAAUCCUGAAGGUAUCCUGAGCCAAGCUUUACAGCUCUGUGAAAUUCUGGCAACGCAGAAAGAUACCAUUAGGAAAGAAUACUGGCAAUAUGUUGGUCGGUCACUAGAGAUGAAAUAUGGAGGAAAACAUUCUGAGAAAGAAGAAUCUAGUCCUGUAGAAAAUAAUGAACAAUGAGAGUCACAUGGUGAUUUUCAUUUAUGUAUUUAACAAGAUUUUUUAUGUAAGUAAAAUAAACAGAAGUGAUUUAAUCCUAUAAAUUCUAACACAUCUCUGCCUACAGCACAUUAUGUUAAAACUUGUUAAGAACCAGAGCAGUAUUGUAACCCAUUAACAUAUGGACUCCAUGUUAGCUACACAAGCUUGCCAUUGUGAUGGUGAUAAUCUGCAGAACUGACCUGAGUUUAGCAGUGCAUUGUGGGUUCAACUUCUAUUUUAAGGAUCUUUCUUACUGUUGCACACAGUUGUAAGCCAAGGCACAUGUCCAUAGUAAUUCGUACCAUGAACUAUGUGACAAACUAGUGCACGUACAUAAAGAGUACUAAAUAUUACGUAUGGCACACUCGUUUGUCAAAAAUAACAACGUUCGAUCGUAGACCUUUUCUUGCAAUAAACUAAAAGCAAAAUAAA